AUGGAGGAUGACUUUCGGUCACAGGUGAAGAGGGUGGCGGUGUCCAUGGGCACUUCACCCACAGAGCAGGACAUCGACCACAUGCCACGGGGGAUGACAGCGCAGGGCGACACUGUGCAUUAGAAACGGCAGUUCAUGACCUCAGAGCGAAGAGAAGAAGCCAUAAAGGUGCCCUACAAGAUGCGUGACAAAGAUGGCAGCUGCUACAUAGAGUAAGAGAUCAAAUUUCUCUUUGUACCGACUGCAACCCCAUCCACUCCUCUCUCUGAGGAGGAGGAGGUGGAGGCCAUGACCCAGGCUGCUGACACUGACAGAGCCAGGUGCAUCAGUUCCAGAGGCGGGGGCUUUUUCUACAUUUUACACUCUGUGGUGUACUGGCCUGUAGUCGCCACUGAGGGUCAGCAGUAA